UGCAUUGAUUUCGACACAUAGAGUCCCGUGAGUUAGUGAUUGCUUCUGUUUUAUUUCAGUAGUAUAAAGGAAAUUUACCUUGAUUGAAUUUAUUUCAAAAAUAACCGCUGCAACUAUGUUACGAGUUUGACAUUCUAUUAAUUGCAUUAUUUUGAAAGGAUGACUAGUAUGAAACAAUGGAGGCAUCAGUCCCUGGAAGCUGAUGGAUCGAGUCAGAAAAGUACGGAGGACAAAGAUUCCGAAAUUGUUGCAAGUGGAUAUGACGAAGAAUCAGUGGAUGAUGAUGAUACGAAGCAGCCAUCUUCCGUAUGUCGUGCCGAGAAAUCACUUGGCAUAUUAACUCAACGAUUUGUUGACUUGUUGCAGCGAGCACGAGGUGGCAUUGUUGAUUUGAAUAUUGCUGCUGAAGAACUACAAGUGCGACAGAAACGACGAAUAUACGAUAUAACCAACGUGCUGGAAGGUAUCGGAUUAAUUGAAAAGAAGUCGAAAAACAUCAUUAAUUGGAAAGGUGGAAAACUGAGGAAGCAUGGUUCAUUUCCGGAUACUGAUCCGGAAGAACAGAAGCGUAUUUUGAAGCGGAAGGCUGAGUUAGAGGAGCUAGAAAAGGAAGAACGCAUUCUCGAUACUCAUAUUAAAUGGAUGAAACAGAGCUUGCGAAAUGUUAGUGAAUAUCAAAAAAAUAUGAAGUUGGCAUAUUUGACGGAAGAAGACAUACUGUCCGUUUUUGAAGAUAGUCGGGUUUUUGCAAUACAGGCUCCUCCUGGGACUUUCGUUGAAAUUGGUGCACCGCCAAGGGUGCGUGACUUUGAUAUGCAGUACAAUUUACGACUGAAAAGCACAUUUGGCCCCGCGAAUGCAAUAUUGUUGGGAGAAAUGAACAGUAUUCAAAGUCAAGGCGACUUAUUUACUAACAAAACCCAGCCUAUGCCAUACGUUGUGGAGAGUGAUGUACCUGGACAGUUUUUAGAGGAGGACGAAGAUGAAAGUCUACUGAAGAAGAGACGGUUGGAUGAAGAAUUUAGUGAUCAGCCUGAUCCCAUAUUGCCUUUUAUUCCCUCUCAAAGCGAACGUCAAAAAUCAUCUCAGCAAGGGUGCGGUUCUCUACAAUCACAAACACAAGCCAGUCCUACGUUUAGUCAGGAAAUCCGAGAAGUAAUGAGGAAGCUAAGUCCACCACCAUCCGAACGUGAUUAUAUUUUUAGUUUAAGUCAGGGUGAGACAUUACCGGACCUUUUUGAAGACGAUCUCAUUUGAUAUUUCUUUGUUGAUAUCUAAUUGUCCAUAUGGAAGAGUCUAAGGUGUAUAUUCUUUAUUAGCCUUUUUUCUUGUUUUUUUGCUUCUGUUUGUUAGUUUCAUUUAUUUGAUACUUCUCUGGUCGUCUAAUUUCCUUUAUUCUGUUACAUAUUAUUGUUAUUAGAUCUUCAAGUCCACAUGUUGAUUUAAUUUAAAUCUAGUUUCUUUUAUGAUUUUUAAGAUUCCCUAAUAAAAUCGAAGUUUCGGAUUAAGCACUUUUGUGUUACUUUUAUUCUGCUAGUUACCAAUUUUAAUAGCGGAAAUACGCUAUUUUAUACUUACUGGUCUUAUUAUACAUCACUACUAAGCAGUAGUGCAGAUCCUGUGAGAUAAAAAUAAGGGAUAUUGUAGUUCGAACUUUGCCCACAUCAUAUUCUACUUGAUUUAGGUUGUUACUUUGUCAUUUUGUUAAUUUGAUACAAUUAUAUUCAUCGGAAUUGCU